GCCACCUGAUCACCACAACACAACCGCUCACACCACCCGCCGCGCUCACAAUUGUCAACACUGGCUCUUCCCUACAUUAUAACUAUUGAAAUUCUUUCAUCAAGAUGACAAAUGUAGAAAUUGUGAGUGGAAAAGCUUUGUGGGGUGUUAUAUGUGGUACAUACGUUCUGCCGUCGGAUGAAGUGGUUGGUGCAGAGUUGCAGCUAGCAGCACCACAUCUUGGUGCAGGUUUGGGUGCAUAUGCAAAACCCAGCAGGGAUCAUUACGAAAAAUGGUCACAAACUGCAGAAGCCACACAAUCGGAAAAGGAUUUUGUGAAGAGGCUCUCACAAUUGCUGAAUUUGUCAGCAGCCCAUAGCUGGGAAAUCUUUCAGUUAUUCUUACUGUAUGAGUUUCGAGGUGCUGAAGCAUCUCUUGCAGAGGUAUUGGCUAAUCAACGUGAUGAAGAGAACUUUAUGGCCCAACUGUGGAACUUCUAUCUUGGUGAUCGCUUGCAUCUUCUUCGCUGUUUGAGACAUAUUGUUGCAAAUACAGCAAAUCCACAACAUCCUUACCAGAGUUUAUUUGCUGAUUUUAUGCAUGAUGUUUUGGACAAGAAUGGUACACUUGGGGAGAGUCUGGUGGAGCAAGUGUUGUUGUGCACCAGAAUGGUUCCACCAAACCUUCAGACUCAUGGUCCACAUUUACCAUCUCAUGGUCUUCAUACUUGGCUUGCCAACCACCUGGCUGAGAUGCGCGAGUUACUGGCCACCCUUCUGGUGUACUAUGGCAGCACCUCUCACAUUCUAACACCCGACACCUUUAAGAAGCUUGUACAGCUGGCACAGGGAGGAGGACUAGGUGGGCGGCAUGAGAUUCAAGAAGGUUUACGGGACAGUCAUGGGCCCCUGGUGGAGGCUCUUGAUGCUACACACAUGCUCCUCCUCAUCCUUGCAAUUAAUGCUGAUUCUCCUACAAGUGGCCAUAGUUUUUGCAAUAGCGGAUGGGUCAGCAAACUAGAUCCCAUCAUGGCAGGGCUGGGAGCUCGUACACCACAUCUUGCUCCAUUAUUAGCCUGGGCAGUGCUGCAGUUGCGAGCAAAUGCUCAGUCCUCCCCAGCUCAACCUAAGAUAUACCACAAACUUGCUCAACGUGCCUUGCAUGGAAAUGUUUUUGGUUAUCUUCAAACUGCUCUCAAUAAUACAGCGAUUAAGGGAGAGGAGCUACUGCUACGUCUUGCAUCAUCAGUAGUCUAUUCCUUGGUGUGUGCAGCUUCUGGAUCCCUUGACUUGGACAGGAUGGGCUGCUUACCAGUUUUAAACUCUUUAGCAAAGACUUGCCUGGCACAAGAUCCCCCAGCAUAUCUCUUUUGGGCUGAAGAAGGUGGAGGAGCAGGGCUGUUGUUGCCACAAGCAUUAGAGGUGUUUCCACACAAUGUUGAGCCGCUGCUGUCCCUCGCCACGGCUCUGGCUCUUGCAAAUCCUGAGAGCUGUCACAAGGUAGUGGAGCUCCUUAGUGAACUUCCAAACAUCACUUGGGUUAUUCCUGAAAGUGAAUCUCAGAAUAUACAAGUACGAGGAGAUGAUUGUUUUACUACAGCUCCUCUGCACCUAAUGCCGACCGUGACAGUUCCAGAACACACAAGUGGGAUGCUUAUCUUAAAAAAUCCUUUAGUUGUGGUAUGGCAAAUGCCAACAAAUGCUUGGCAGGCAUUACUUGCCAUUAUGAAGUUGCUUGACAAUGAGGUUAGUGGUGGAGCAAGCCUUCCAGAUCCCCGACUCAUGACAGCUGUGUCAGCUACCAUGCGGCUCCUCUCCUCUGUUUUAACAACCCUUCCUAGUCAGCUGCCAGCUUUAAUUCAUUUUGUUUACCAGAGUAUUGGAUUACUUUCAAGAGUGUCACAAGUGUCUCGACCCCCUGGAGCCCUGGUAGCAGCACUGUUGGGAUUUUUAUCAGAAGUUGCUACACAACAGCCAAAGCUUGUAUGGACAGAGCUGGAAGGAAGUCCACUUUUGCCCUUCCUGUCUACAUCACAGACUGCAGAAAUUAAGAGAGGCAAAGUGGAUCCAUUCCUUGGCUAUCGUGCAGGCCGCCUUCGUGCAUUAGUUUGUGGAGAGGAAGCCGCCACAGGAAGCUAUCCAAUACUCUGCUCCUAUACUGGCUUGCUUACUGCUGCCAUUAAGGGAGAUAUUAGCAGUGGUAGUGUUAGUGGAGGCAUCGUGUUCAUGGCUAGAGAAGUUGCAGGCACCUUGUUACGUUGGUGUUACAGCAGCCAGGAUGAAAGGGAAACUGUACUUGACCGCUGCUUAGCUCUUCUCCACCAUACACUUGAAGGCUCCAACAUGGAUUCUAGUGUGCGUGAUCUAGUAGUAAGGCAGCUUGUUGACAGAAGCAGUGCUGGACAGACAUUACUGUCAGUGGUUGUGAGUGGUGCAAGCUUGGAAUCGGCCUUAAACCAUCCGACGCAUUCUCCCAUCUCAACUCAUGCACAUAGAUUAACUCGCACAGCCCAAAUGGCUCUCUCCAUUCUUCACAGGCUGGUAGGUGAAGAGAGCAGCAUGAGUGGCCUUAGUCAGCUUCUUCGAGCUGCUCCAUCUCUGGGCGUGACACUGGGGGGUGGAGGCCGCUCACAGGGCAGUGGCAGUCCUCCACACCUGGCUCUAACUGUUGCCUUGUAUGCUCACCAGCGGCUUAACCCUCGGCUCUCGUACUUGGCUCUUCGCACACUGACACGGUUUGCUCAGAAACUUGAUGUGCCUUUAGUGGCAUGUUUUGGAGGUGAAGCUGAUGGGAUUCGAGAUGCUCUAUUGCGCCGAUUGGAUUCAGCAACAGAAGAUGUACGAGUCAAAGUGGCUCUGCUGCGUCUCCUAACAGCUUCUACAACUCGUCAGCAAGGCCUUACAAAUGCCUUCCUCACCCCGCCUGAAAAGUUGCUGGACCCUCUAACUUCUCUUGCAAACCCAUCGACUAGAAAUGAAUCUGGACGAGAACUGGCCUUGGCAAUAGUAGAACUUUUGGAUGCCUUAUGGAGUGAAAAAUACACAACAGCCACAAUGUACCUUCAGGAUAAAGAGGUCUUCUGGAAGGCUUUGAUUCAUCCACUUACUACUGAACGACCAGGGGAAGUGAGUGAUGCAGUGGUGGGUCACACGUUGAAAGUCUUCGCACGACACUUGUUCUUAUUCCCCAGUGGACACACACCCUCCACAUGUCUCAAGUCUGCCAUGGAUCAGUUGUGUAACUCUGACACAGGCACCAUCUGCCUCUGGUCUAAGCACAUCACUAUGAGCCUAGAAAGUGGAUCCGGCUCCAAUAAAGAUGUUCGUGAAUUAUUGUUACCAGCCUGGCGUGACUUCCUGGUUGUGCUAGUAGCCCGAGCUAAGUCUUGGCUCACUGAUCAUCAAAAGGUGAGCUUGGCAAGUGACAUUCUUCAUGCCUUGAUUCAUCAAUUAGAAUUGGAGACAGCAGAUGAGCCAUUAACAAUUCUGUUGGCUGAGCUAUAUUUAUCACUUGUCAAACAUUGUGGGAAGCAGUUAGCAGAGAAGGCAGAUGUGUUUAUUAAAAUAGGGAAGCUGCUUAUGCUGGUACAGGGAGCUGUGAUGUCAACACCAACCCACUGCCAGCUCCUGAUCUUAGGUGCUGCACUAAGAAUGGUUACAUUGACAGAAGUGUCCCAGCAAUCACAAGGUCAGGUACUGGCAUUGUUGAGUCCUGUGGUGGGUCUAGUGCAGCAGCAUGGUAGGCUAGCUGGGCCAAAGACACACAGUUGCACGUCUGCAGCAACCUUAGGUCUUGCUACGUCCAUCUUACACCAGUGUCUUUUGCGAUGUAAUGAGGAGACUGCCCACCAGCAUCUAGCACAUUCUCCAGUUGUGCACGCACUACUUCACGCUGUAGAGAUAUAUAUGAAGAAUGGGGAGGAAGAAGUAGUAGGAGAAUUGCUACGUCUACUGGCCACACUCUCCCGUAUUUCACCGUUCUCAGAGGAACUCUCCACACAUGCACUUUCAUCUACAUUAACACUUGUCAUACCCCCUUCAAAAACCAAUCUACUAAGUGAAGUUGUGUGGGCAGUGGUAUGGGGUGUUAUUCGUGAGGGUGUUGGUGGGGUGGAAGGUGGGGUGAAUGUGGCUGCGGUCCACCUUUCUGCACUGUGUGGGUCCCUUGCAGCUCCCUAUCGACAACCACGCCUUGCACUAGCAACUGCCGCCCUAGUGACAGCACUCACUCCUCAUGCUUCAUUAUGGACUGUGAUGCAUCCAGUGUCACACUCCCAGCUGACAGCAGCCACUACUCGUUGCAUUCACCUGACGACACACUUGCUCUGCACGCCUAGGGUUGUACAGAUGGAGUUAAGUGGAGAGAAAAGUAUCAGCAGUUCUGCAACAUCAUCAUCUAUAUCUGCUGUCUCUGAUCCUUCUACUAUGUCUGCUACAGCAUCUAUUACUGCAAAUACAACAGCUGUUCUCAAUCAAAUGUUGCAAGUGUUGUGUGCUUGUCUUGGUGCCAUCCGCUCAUCAGGUCCUGACUUAACGGACCUUUUAUGUGGGCCCGGGAUAGAUGUGGGAGCAUGGAUGCUCUACUUCCACCCAUCCUUCCGUCCAGUCUCUGCUUAUGAUCCAAAUGCUCAGCCAAGCCUGGCUUCACUGACAUCUGUUCUUGACCUUUAUGACAGUCAUGCUUCAAAGGAAAGUCGUGGAGUGUCUCCAUGCCGCGGCGGUGCACCCGAAGUUGGCCUGUGUAUGCGAGUAUUAGCUACAUGUGCAGAGCAGGCCCUGUUACUGCUUCUCACACAAGCUACACUAGCUUUAAUGAGUCCUGAAACCCCUCCACGAGAUGCAAUUCGAGUUCGUCAUGGACUGGCCGAUGAAAUGAAUUCAUUCUUCAUGCGAUGGUUGGGUCGACGGCCUGUAGUCUCUCCUCUUCCAUCCACUAGCACAGGCGUGUCUGGAGUCAGUAGUUCGGUUCAAAUUGAUUUAACGUACCUACGCCUUGCCCAGCAACUUAUAGGAAGACUUGGUGCAACUAAAUGAUAGCCAUAUAAUUUGUAUCUGGUUAAUUGAAAGCUUGUUCAAAAACAGAACACCUCUCCAGACAAUAGAGAAAAUCUACUGUUUGUGCAUUAUUAUAGUACAAUUUUUUAAAUAUGUAAUUAAAACUUUUUUGAUA